GACGAAAACCAGUGGCAAGGGACAGGGUGAGCCGAAUUAUUCACUCGGCCGUCAGACUCUAGUCAAAAUGCAUUCGCUUUGAGGGGGGAGAAUCUGUCAUUCCGACGAAGAGAUAUGAAGAAACUUAGGUGGGCUAUGGACUCCGGAGGAUUUUGGGAAUUGGACUUGUCGACUCCAAUAACUCUCAACGGCCAGGCCCGGCCAGUUCCUGGCGACCCAUUGCCCUUGGGGUUAUCUCGCGGUUCGAGGCUUUCAAGGUUCCAACAAAUCGAUUUCUUUCAGCGUUUCAUGGCCAUGCCUUUCGUCCCUGCUGUCGCCGCCAACAGGGGCCUCUUGCUUCAACGGGUUCUUUCUCUUCCUAUUGCUGAAAACUGGUCUGCUAUGCUGCUUGGUCAGUUAAAUGUCCAGAGAUUUGUUUCUUCUCUCAGAAAAAAUAAAACUAAGCAUCUGCCAGACUCCUCAUGGCUUCAAUCCAUUAGAAGGAACUUUAUCCAAAAAUCCUUUUAUGCCCUGGGCUUCUGUUCAGAGCUGUUUCUAACACCGGACGAUACAUUGAUCAUAAGUUUGGAUGCUUACGGGGAUGAGAAGGUGCCUCAAAAAAGAGCAGUUCUUCAUCAUAAGUUUCCUCAUCAUAAUCUUACAAUGGAGGCAGCUUGUCCAGGACUUUUUGUUGAUGGGAAGGGGAGUUACUGGGAUGUACCAUUCUCACUCUCACUUGAUCUUGCAUCAACAACUCUCGACUCUGGUGCUAGCUACCAUUUGUUUUUCAAUAAUUGUGCAGGUUCACCCAAGCAGUAUGAAGGUCAGCAUAGUGAUGAAUUACCACCACCUGCUGCUUUGCUUCCAGGUUUCACUGCCAAAGGUGUAGUUUCCUUGAAGAAAAAUAUUGACCUUUGGCGAAGUGAAGCGUCUAUGCUAAAGAUGGUGCAACCAUAUGAUAUAUUCCUGUCUAAUCCUCAUAUUUCAGCAUCAUGGAUACUUGGUGCUGUUUUUUCUGCAUAUCUCGGAGAAAAUUCAAUGAAAAGGCAACAAUCAUGCAGUUUACGGGGUCUGAAAGAUUUUGACCUUCGAGCCCAAGUAGCAAAUUCUGCUGUUUCAGUGGAUUCAUUUGCAUCUGCUUCACUCACUGCACAGCACGGAAAUUUCCAAAGGCUGUUCCUGGAUCUCACUCGUGUCCAUACAAGCUUCAACUUUCCUUCAGGGUCAAAACUUUUUUCUGGAAUAACCUCUGUAGCAUGCAGUCUUUACAAUUCUCAAGUACCAAAUGUUGAGGCACUACAAGCAAUUUGUCCACGUGCCUCACUUUCUUUUCAGCAGCAGAUCAUAGGACCUUUCAGCUUUAGAGUUGAUUCAGAGAUAGCAGUUGAUUUGAAGAAGGAUUGGUAUUUAAGUGUGAAGAAUCCUGUAUUUGCCAUUGAACAUGCUUUACAAGUUCUCUGGUCUGCCAAGGCUGUUGCUUGGUACUCUCCCAUGCAGCGUGAAUUUAUGGUAGAACUUCGUUUCUUUGAAACUUAAUAUCACCAUCAUCUGUAUUG